AUGAGAGUUGUACCCAAGAACUACCAGCAGUUCGUAGCCUUGGUGUUUGCAGUCAGAGAGGUCAACAAGGAUGUAGUUUUCCUCCCCAACAUCACCCUUGGCUUCCACAUCUAUAGCAAUUCUCAGACUGAGACAGAGGUUUGCUCACACAGCCUCUCCCUCCUCUCCACACGAGGCCAAAUGGUUCCAGGUUACAAAUGUGACAGGCAGGACACUCUGCUCUCUGUCAUUGGAGAUCUCAACCCCAAAUCCUCAGAGCAGAUGGCCUCCAUCUUCAGCCUCUUCAAAGUCCCACAGAUUCUUCCCUAUCUGAGGAACAUCAAGUUCAACAACAGUGCUGGAGAGGAAGUGUCCUUCUCAGAAAGUGGAUUGCUUUCUUCUCGUUAUGAUCUUCUCAACUGGCUCUUCCUCCCCAAUCAAUCUUUUGUCCCCAUGAAAGUUGGACAAAUAGAUUCCACAGCUUCCCCAGGACAAGCUUUUACCAUUAACUCUGAUGCCAUCAUCUGGGCCACAAAGGUGCCCUUUGCCAGGUGUGGCAAAAAGAGGUGCCAGGCAGGAGAGAGGAGAAGCGUUCCAGAUGGCCAGCAGGGUUGCUGCUACCAAUGUGACCUUUGUCCAGAAGGGACCAUUUCUGAUCAGACAGAUGCAGCUCGUUGUGACCCCUGCCCAGAAGACCAAUAUCCCAACAAGGACAAAGAUCACUGCAUUGCCAAGAAACUCCACUUCCUUGCUUAUCAAGACAUCCUGGGCUACUCAUUAACAUCUCUCACUCUUUUUCUCUCUAUGACCACAUCAGCAGUCCUGGCAGUUUUCCUUAAACAUCAUAACACACCAAUCGUCAAGGCCAACAAUCAAGAUCUCUCCUACAUCCUUCUGGUCUCCCUCUUGCUUUGCUUCCUCUGCUCCUUUCUCUUCAUUGGUCAACCUGGGAAGCUCACCUGUCUCUUACGACAAUCUGCCUUUGCCAUUCUCUUUUCCCUUGCAGUUUCCUCUGUCUUUGCAAAAACUGUCAUGGUGAUUUUGGCUUUCAUGGCUACCAAACCAGGGAACAAGUCAAGGAAACUUUUAGGAAAAUCACUGACCAACUCUAUUGUCAUAGCCUGUCCCUUGAUCCAAGCUGUUCUUUGUGUCACCUGGCUGGUAACCUCCCCUCCAUUUCCCAGCUUGGACUUCCACUCCUUGACUGGUGAGAUCAUUUCUGAAUGUCAGGAAGGCUCAGCUUCAAUGUUUUAUGCUGUCCUCGCCUACCUGGGCCUCCUAGCCAUCAUCAGUUUCACAGUGGCCUUUUUGGCUAGGAAAUUGCCUGACAGCUUUAAUGAAGCCAAGUUCAUUACUUUCAGCAUGCUGGUAUUUUGCAGUGUUUGGAUCACUUUCCUCCCCACUUACCUGAGCACCAAAGGGAAGUACAUGGUGGCUGUAGAGAUCUUCUCCAUCUUAGCCUCUGGGGCUGGACUCUUGGCUUGUAUCUUUUUCCCUAAAUGCUACAUUAUCCUACUGAGGCCCCAUCUUAAUUUCAGAGAGAAUAUUAUGAGGCACAAGGGUCUUUGA